AUGUCUCUUGAUGUUGUAGCAGGAAUGGUGUCUGCUUGUAAGAACAUCAUUGCUGAGCUUAACCGUGGAGACAAACUGGAUGGUGAUAAUUAUGAUAUAUGGUAUCGUAAAGUCCAGUACGUCCUCGAGGAGCAAGAAGUAAAAGAGACUCUUUUACAUCUCAUGGAAGAGCCUGAGCAGGGCAAUACUCCUCAACAUGUGAGAGAUCAAGAGGCAUAUAAUGUCUGGAAAAGAAAGAACAGCAUCGCUCGCAUCACAUUGCUGAGUUGUAUGCAAGAUGAUCUCAUGUGUGAGUUUGAAGAGUAUGAAACUGCAAAAGGCAUGUGGGAGGCCUUGAAAGAAAAGUUUGGUGCUACUUCAGCAACCAAACUUAGGAGACUCAAUCAAAGGUUCAGUGACUAUAAGAAGCGCCCAAACCUUUCAAUGAGACAGCAUCUUAGAGUCAUGUCGAACAUGAUUAUAGAGUUGAAGAAUGCUGGUCAGAUCAUGUCUAAUGAACAGCAAGUCCAAGCGGUUCUCCGUUCAUUACCUGAAAAGGAUGAGCGCUUAGAGGCUGCCAAACCCUUUAACGAGGCCAACUAUGCGAAUUCAAACUCUGGUUUGAAACGCAAGAGAGGUUACAAUGGAAACAAGGCUCCUGAUCAACCUGAUGCUAAGAGGCAAAAGAAGUAUGUCAAGCGUGGAAAACGUGGAGGCAAGAAGGAUAAGACCAAGAUAAAAUGCUACAACUGUGGCUCAUUGGGUCACUUUGCUCGUGAAUGCACUGAGGCAAAGAAGGUAUUAUCUUUGGACUCUACUUGCAAAUAUGCUUAUGUUUCUAGUUGUGUAAUGCUAACAGAAUCUCAUCCUUUGUGGAUUGAAGACUCUGGAGCAACAGACCACGUAGCUAGAAGUCGAGAAGCAUUUGUGGAGUACCGACGGGUGCCCAAAGGUACAAGAUGGUUAUAUGUGGGAAACAACUCCAAGGUUGCGGUACAAGGUAUCGGAACCUGUCAGCUACACAUGAGUGGCGGGAAAACUCUCAUACUGCAUGAUGUCUUGUAUGCUCCUGAAAUCCGUCGGGACCUAGUCUCUGUUUUGGCAUUACUUAAGUCUAUGAUGGCGCAAGCUAACCUUCCAAUUUCGUAUUGGGGGGAUGCAUUGCUUACUGCAGCCUAUAUACUUAACCUUGUGCCCUCUAAAUCUGUUACUACUACUCCCUAUGAGUUAUGGAUGGGUAGGAAACCUAACCUAACUCAUCUAAGAGCUUGGGGAUCAGCUGCUUUUGUUCGUGAUACUUCACAUCCUCAUGGAAAAUUGGGUCCUAGAGGAAAGAAGUGUAUCUUUAUAAGAUACUCUGAGCAAUCUAAAGGAUAUGUGCUCAUUGGCGAACACUCAGAUGGAAGUAUAACAGAGAUUGAAUCACGAGAUGUUACAUUCUUGGAAAAUGAUUUUCCUAAAAGGGGAGAGAUUGAUAGAGUACUCCAUCUUGAAGAGAUUCCUGACCAUACUAGUAUUCCUCCUACCAACCAAUCUGUGGAAGUUAGUGAAGGUUCACAUGAACUAUCACAACUUAGUGGGAGAGAAACAUUGGUUGAAUCGCAAGAUAUUGAGUUGCGAAGAAGUAACCGUGGAAAUGUUCCCCGUCGUCGUUUUGAGAUAGAAGAGGAAGCUUUCAUGGUUGCUCUAUAUGAUGACCUGGAACCCAGAUCGGUUCAAGAGGCUCUCUCUUGCCCAAACUCAAAUGAAUGGAAUGAUGCAGUAGGAGAAGAACUAGAAUCGAUGAAAGAAAACCAUGUCUGGGACUUGGUUGACCUUCCGCCAGAACGUCGAGCGAUCGGAAAUAAAUGCAUUUUUAAGAUCAAACGUAAGGCGGACGGAUCGAUAGAUAGGUACAAGGCUCGCUUGGUAGCGAAAGGUUAUACCCAACAAGAGGGUAUAGACUAUGAGGAAACGUUUUCACCUGUGGUGAGGUUUGCCUCUAUUCGCCUUAUUCUCGCAAUCGUUGCCGGAUUAGAUUUAGAGUUACAUCAAAUGGAUGUUAAGACUGCGUUUCUUAACGGGUAA